UAGCGUGUGCAGUGAUGAUUGUAAUGUGAAUCAGGCAAUUGGUGAAUUGGUAAGAUGGCGGCUGCGGCGGUAGAGUUUCAGAGAGCACAGUCGCUGCUCAGUACGGAUCGGAAUGCGUCCAUUGACAUUUUACAUGCCAUAGUCAAACGAGACAUCCAAGACAAUGACGAAGAGGCUGUGCGUGUCAAAGAACAGAGUAUCUUGGAGCUGGGCGGACUGCUGGCCAAGACUGGACAAGCUGCUGAAUUGGGAGGUUUGCUGAAGUAUGUCCGGCCAUUCCUGAACUCCAUCAGCAAAGCAAAGGCAGCACGGUUGGUGCGCUCUCUGCUCGAUAUGUUCUUGGACAUGGAGGCAGCUACUGGUCAGGAGGUGGAGUUAUGUUUGGAGUGCAUUGAAUGGGCCAAAUCAGAGAAGAGGACCUUUCUACGACAGGCCCUGGAGGCCCGUCUGGUCUCUUUAUACUUUGACACCAAACGUUACCAAGAGGCUCUACAGCUUGGCUCUCAGCUCCUGCAAGAGCUGAAGAAGAUGGAUGAUAAAGCUCUGCUGGUGGAGCUCCAGCUGCUGGAAAGCAAGACAUAUCAUGCACUGAGCAACUUGCCCAAGGCCAGAGCAGCUCUCACCUCUGCCAGGACCACAGCAAACGCCAUCUACUGCCCCCCAAAGCUGCAGGCUGCUCUUGACAUGCAGUCAGGCAUUAUUCACGCUGCUGAGGAGAAGGACUGGAAGACAGCAUAUUCAUACUUUUAUGAGGCUUUUGAAGGCUAUGAUUCUAUUGACAGUCCUCGUGCCAUCACUGCACUCAAGUACAUGCUCCUCUGCAAGAUCAUGCUCAACUCGCCAGAGGAUGUGCAGGCCCUGAUCAGUGGAAAGCUUGCCCUCAGAUAUGCUGGCAGACAGACGGAUGCACUUAAAUGUGUGGCCCAAGCCAGCAAGAACAGGUCACUUGCAGACUUUGAGAAGGCUUUAACAGAGUACAAAGCUGAGCUGCGGGAGGAUCCCAUCAUCAGCACCCACCUGGCCAAACUCUACGACAAUCUGCUGGAACAAAACCUCAUAAGGGUCAUCGAGCCCUUCUCCAGAGUGCAGAUUGAACACAUUUCUGAGUUAAUAAAACUCUCCAAGGGGGAUGUUGAAAGGAAACUGUCACAGAUGAUUUUAGACCAGAAAUUCCAUGGAAUCCUUGACCAAGGGGAAGGUGUCCUGAUUGUUUUUGACGAACCUCCAGUAGACAAAACGUAUGGAGCCGCCCUUGAAACAAUUCAGAACAUGAGCAAAGUAGUGGACUCGCUCUACAACAAAGCCAAGAAAUUGACAUAGGUUGAGCAUUGGACCCUGCAGCUGAGAGCAUGGCCAGUGUGGGGGACUCUGAGGGAAGGAGAGGGGGAUGUGAUGCAGACAUCAAGUCAAAAAAAAAGGUCUAAAACCCCAAAAACGGACUGACUCCUGCUUUUGUCCUCUGGCUUUCACUUGGACAUUUUUUACCACCUUCCUCAAUGGACAAACUACUUCUACUACUAUGGGAUCACUUUUUUUUUUUCUUUGCUGGUAAUGCAUUUCUUUGUAUCUUGGCUGUGCCUAAUGGGCCAUCAGGGAAUCUUCAAAGAAAUAAAAACUCACUUGCAUUAUAA